AUGAAUUCAGCACAGCUCUCAACCAACAACAAUAAAACCUCAACCUCGACCAAAAUCAAAUCUUCCGGCAAGACCUCAAAAAUCGCCUUAAUAGCUAAUAUUUUUGAACCUCAACCAAACAUCACCAUCACCCUAUCCAAAACACCACCAGUCAACAUGUCUGCCACCGCACCAUACACCAGCACCGCCAACAAGGACUACUCCAGCGGAAGUGAAGAUGGACAAGCCGCGGGUAAGCGCAAGGCCCUGACCACCACAUCGGCACUCCCCCUCCCACCCAGCUCAGACAGACUGUCACAGCCAGCCGGCCAGCUCCUCAAAGGCGCAACCGACGAGAACGGCCAGCUCAAGGCCGCGGCAUUGAUGGUCGGUAUCAAGCUCGACCUCGAGGCUGAAGUCCACUUGACUGCACGAGUUCGUGGUGACAUUACGAUUGGGUUGUACUGA